AUGUUGAAAGUUUUCUACGACCUCUCCACUAAAGAGCCAAAUAAGACGACCCAGCUUCUUUUCAACACAAUCAAAACCUUGCUUGUGUUGUAUACUUUCGGAAUCGUCGUUUCCGUCUGCAGUGCUGCUAGCUACUUCAAGGGACAAGCGAAAAAAGCAAUCAUGACCACUCUAUUCGAUCUGACAACGGAAAAGACCGAGCUGAAGAGAACUUCGUCGGCAGAAUCAUUUCGCGUCGAAACGAUCAGACGUCGAACUAUCUCCACUUAA